AUGGCGAACCUUCUUGCACAGUUCGAAUCCUCUGAGCUCGUUGACUUCAUGAACUUCAUUGGAUUGCUGAUUCACAAGCUUCAGAGCGAGCUUUUCAAUGUUCUGGACGAGCUCAUUGGACCUCUAAGCGCUCACAUCACCCACCUUCUCAACCAGCCCGUUACAGAUACUGACGACAGUGUCGAACAUGCAGAAACCAAGCGUACCUAUCUGACGUUGUUGACCAACGUCAUGUCCUCCGAUCUUCACGACAUCUUUAUCUCUGAUUUCGCUGUGUUCAGGUCUGGCGCCGACCAGCUACAGCGGUUGACGGCCAAGUCCAAGGUGUACCCGGCUUUGAGCGAUUCGUCUACGAGCGUCUUGUUCCCGCAGCCUUUGUGGUGCUUUCAUCACCUCAGUUUAAUAGACGCCAUGCCGAUCGACAAGAUCAACAAACUAUCCCGCGAGGAUGUUAAGAGCCGUCUGACGUUUGCAGGAUUUUUAGUCUUCCAUCGUCCUCUCAAGCUAGAUGCUGUUGAAACGCUCAAGAUGCUUACCGGCUCGUCGCAUAGGUGCAUUAUGAUUACUGGCGACCACCCAUUGACGGUGGUCCACGGUGACACCGAGGUCGUUGAAGCGCUAACUCUAGAUUUGCGAGAGAACCCUAUCUAUCUGAGUGGAGCGCGCCUCAGUCCGCCCCGUCACGCUUCGGAAGGAUAUCAACUUGAAGGACCUGCAAACCCACCUGAACAAAACGCUAUCUCAAUUCGGGUGUCUCUCGUAGGCGCAGAAACCAGCGAAGUCCAUCUCCAAGAGCGCAUUAACCAGCUUACACGCCAGCUACGAGGUAACGAAGAGAAGCUUGCCAUGUACGAACGUCGCACCUCGGCUGCUAAUGGCGCUACUCCCGCUACUGAGCAAGACCUUCCACGUGAACAGCAACUCGAGCAGGAAGUCGCGGAAUUAUGGUCUGCCGUGAAGGUCGCUCAAGUCAAUCUCACAGCUGCCCGUAGUCACAUGCAGCAGUUCCAAGAGAUCUCUCAAGCCAACGAAGCUGCCCUGUCAGCUCUGAAUGCUACGCAUGAUCAAUACAAGGCUGAGACCGAGGCGCAGAUUUCACAGAACGAGGUGGAGUCCACUCCACUUUGCGUGGAGGAUGAUGUACGGCAGUCUGCCGACAAGUUCUCUGAGUUUCAACACGCGUUCGAGUCGGCGUGGCUGAGUGAAGUUCGUCAGCAGGAGGAAAGGGCACUUGCUGCAGAAGCUAGAUACUCGCUUGAAGUGAUUCUCCUUGCAGAGUCGAUCAAGACCAUCGAGGCCCUCAAGCAACCACUAUCCGUCGCUCAAACUACCUCUAGGAAAAACCUUUCAGUAGCUGCUAAUGCCCUAGCUAAGCUGGCAGCAUCUGAGGGCAGCUGGAGGCCGCCAAAAGAGGUUUUGGACCAGGAAAUUGCAGAUCUCAAUGCACGGUCCAGGGAUCUGUCCGCACAGAAUGCUCUUCUUCAUCAGCAUCUCGAGACUGUCAGCGCUCAAGCUACGCGUAUGUGUCAGGCUGCAGACUCCUCCGCUACAGAUGGCACUUCUGGUGACGCAGAUAUCGGCGGCGAUGUGGAUACUCAAGUUUCGGAACUCAGAUCUGUUGUGGCUUACUGGCGCAAGGAGAAAGAGAUGGUCGAUCUCCAGCUUGAGCUCAGUAAACAGGAGAAACAGACCAGGGAAACCCUUGCUGAGACACUGGAACGGGCGAUGGAAGCGGUGACUUUGGAUGCUCAGCACGCUGAGAUGUUGGAAAGGAUCAACCAGUUCAACAUUCUUCGGGAAAGCAAUGCCACCCUCCGCGUUGGCUGCGAGGCUUAUGCUAAACGUUCUCACGAGCUCGACGCGAAACUGCAGGCAUUGUCUGCAGAGCUCAAACCUGUCAAGGAUCAGGCUCGUGAGCUAGGAGCUAGGGAUGCACAGAUCACACGUCUUGAGGGAGAGAGCCGCUGUUGGCAAGAACGCAAUGCGCAGUUGCUGAGCAAAAAGGCUGAGGUGGAGAAAUUGGCUACAGAGAGCGUGAAGAACGAGCCAGCACUAUCCAGGCCCGGAUACAUUUUUUUUUCAAACGCUAACGCUGUUCUGACCAGUCUCAAGCUCUCGCGUCUCGAAGCUAACUUCAGAACCCACGAGGAUAGCAACACGAAAAAUGCCAAAAAUUUCAAAUCUAGCCUUGGGUUACUUAACCGCGAGAAGUCUCAGCUCAAUGCCACCAUCAAUGAGCUCGAGGGCAAGAUCAAAAUUCUUACUGCCGAACGAGACGCAUUGCGCACCACCUCGGCAUCUGAUGCAUCGCAGCAGUUGAACUCUCAGGUAGAGACGCUACGGCGAGAGAAAAUCGCUUUGGAGCAAGCAUUGGCCAAUGAGAGAGCUGUGAAAGCCCAGGCGUCUGCUGAAGGUCCAUCAGAUCACCCUACGCUCAUUGUUUCCCUCAGGGAGGAUUGA